CGUACUGCGUCGUAAGCGCGGCUGGCGCAUGCGCACGGCGUGGUGCUCUCGCGACGCCAAGAUAUGGGUCCCUCGCUGUCGCUCCUGCCGCUGUUGUGGCUCCUGUUCGGCCCCGGGCUCCAGCGAGGAAAUGCACAGGCUCCUGGCAUGGUGCAGCUGCCGGGUGGGACAUUCUUGAUGGGAACAGAUGCUCCAGACAGUAGAGAUGGUGAAGGGCCUGCUCGGGAGGUAACAGUAAAGCCCUUUGCCAUCGACACUUUUCCCGUCACCAAUAACGAUUUCAGGGAGUUUGUCAGGGAGAAAAAGUACCGGACAGAGGCAGAGGCAUUUGGAUGGAGCUUUGUCUUUGAGGAUUUUGUCUCCGAUGAUCUCAGAAACCAAGCAACUCAGCAGAUGCCGUCUCUUCUCUGGUGGCUGCCAGUACAGAAGGCAUUCUGGAGGCAGCCUGCAGGUCCUGGCUCUGGCAUCCGAGAAAAACUGGAGCUCCCUGUGGUACAUGUGAGCUGGAAUGACGCUGCUGCCUACUGUGCAUGGCGUGGCAGACGGCUGCCCACAGAGGAGGAGUGGGAGUUUGCUGCCCGUGGGGGCUUGAAGGGUCAAGUUUACCCAUGGGGGAACCAGUUCCAGCCAAACCGUACCAAUCUGUGGCAGGGAAAGUUCCCCAAGGGUGACAAAGCUGAGGAUGGCUUCCAUGGACUGUCUCCAGUGAAUGCUUUCCCCCCACAGAACAACUAUGGACUGUAUGACCUCAUGGGCAACGUGUGGGAGUGGACAGCGUCCACAUAUCAGGCUGCUGGCCAGGAUAUGCGUGUCCUCCGGGGGGCAUCAUGGAUUGACACAGCAGAUGGCUCUGCCAAUCACCGGGCCCGGGUCACCACCAGGAUGGGCAACACUCCAGAUUCAGCCUCAGACAACCUGGGCUUCCGCUGCGCUUCCAGUGCAGGCCGACCACAGGGAGAGCUGUGAGCAGCCAGCCACGCAGAUGGAGAAAGGGCCUCCUCAGUUCUGUGUCUCCCUAACCGUGUUCCAAAGGCAACCAGACACCAAACUCCUCAUCAGCUUGGGAAUGGCCUUCUUUCUCUCCACUUCCCUCAGUGGCAGGCACCUCCUAAG